CCCGGCGGGAGCUGGCGGGUGGGCCCAGCAGAACACAGCACACUUCCGGGACGCGGCGCGCCGACCCCUUCCCGGCUUCCCGUCCUCUCCUUCUGCCGCACUUGUCUCGGCGCGUACUUCCGAACCAGGCGCGCGACCCAGGAACCAGUACGCCGGUCAAGCAGGGAGCUUUUGCCUCCGCGGUCGCCUGCUGAGGCGCUGGAGGAGGUGGCGACGGGUCUGAGGACUCGAGGUCCACUGUGGGAAUGAUCCACGAACUGCUCCUGGCUCUGAGCGGGUACCCAGGGUCCAUUUUCACCUGGAACAAGCGGAGUGGCCUCCAGGUGUCACAGGACUUUCCAUUUCUCCAUCCCAGUGAAACCAGUGUCCUGAAUCGACUCUGCCGGCUUGGCACAGACUAUAUUCGCUUCACUGAGUUCAUUGAACAAUACACAGGCCAUGUGCAGCAACAGGAUCACCACCCAUCUCAGCAGGGCCAAGGGGGGUUACAUGGAAUCUACCUAAGGGCCUUCUGUACAGGGCUGGAUUCAGUUUUGCAGCCUUAUCGCCAAGCAUUACUUGAUUUGGAACAAGAGUUUCUGGCUGAUCCCCAUCUCACCAUAUCACAUGUCAAUUACUCCUUAGAUCAGUUCCAGCUCCUUUUUCCCUCUGUGAUGGUUGUAGUAGAGCAAAUUAAAAGUCAAAAGAUUCAUGGUUGUCAAAUCCUGGAAACGGUAUACAAACACAGCUGUGGUGGUUUGCCUCCUGUUCGAAGUGCACUAGAAAAAAUUCUGGCCGUGUGUCAUGGGGUCAUGUAUAAGCAGCUUUCAGCCUGGAUGCUACACGGACUUCUCUUGGACCAACAUGAAGAGUUUUUUAUCAAACAGGGUCCAUCUUCUGGUAAUGUUAGUGCCCAGCCAGAAGAGGAUGAGGAGGAUCUGGGCAUUGGGGGACUAACAGGAAAACAAUUGAGAGAACUCCAGGACUUGCGUUUGAUAGAAGAAGAGAACAUGUUGGCACCAUCUCUGAAACAGUUUUCUCUUCGAGUAGAGAUUUUGCCAUCCUACAUUCCAGUGAGGGUUGCUGAAAAAAUCCUAUUUGUUGGAGAAUCUGUCCAGAUGUUUGAGAAUCAAAAUGUAAACCUGACUAGAAAAGGCUCCAUUUUGAAAAACCAAGAGGACACUUUUGCUGCAGAACUGCAUCGUCUCAAGCAGCAGCCACUCUUCAGCCUAGUGGAUUUUGAGCAGGUCGUGGAUCGUAUUCGAAGUACUGUGGCUGAGCAUCUCUGGAAGCUGAUGGUCGAAGAAUCAGAUUUACUGGGUCAGCUGAAGAUUAUAAAAGAUUUUUACCUUUUGGGACGUGGCGAACUGUUUCAGGCCUUCAUUGACACAGCUCAACACAUGUUAAAAACACCACCCACUGCAGUCACUGAACAUGAUGUGAACGUGGCCUUCCAGCAGUCUGCACACAAGGUAUUGCUUGAUGAUGACAACCUUCUACCUCUUUUGCACUUGACAAUUGAGUAUCAUGGAAAGGAGCAUAAAGAUGCUACUCAGGCAAGAGAAGGGCCUUCUCGGGAAACCUCUCCCCGGGAAGCCCCUGCAUCUGGCUGGGCAGCCCUUGGCCUUUCCUACAAAGUGCAAUGGCCACUACACAUCCUCUUCACCCCUGCUGUCCUGGAAAAAUACAAUGUUGUUUUCAAGUACUUACUGAGUGUGCGUCGGGUCCAAGCUGAACUACAGCACUGCUGGGCUCUACAGAUGCAGCGCAAGCACCUCAAGUCCAACCAGACGGACGCAGUCAAGUGGCGCCUACGAAACCACAUGGCGUUCUUAGUGGAUAAUCUUCAGUACUAUCUCCAGGUAGAUGUGCUCGAGUCUCAGUUCUCACAGCUGCUUCAUCAGAUCAAUUCAACACGAGACUUCGAAAGCAUCCGACUGGCUCAUGACCACUUCCUGAGCAAUUUGCUGGCCCAGUCCUUUAUCUUGCUGAAACCUGUAUUUCACUGCCUAAAUGAAAUCCUAGAUCUCUGUCACAGCUUUUGCUCCCUGGUCAGUCAGAACUUGGGACCACUGGAUGAGCGUGGAGCCGCCCAGCUGAGCAUCCUGGUGAAGGGCUUUAGCCGCCAGUCUUCACUCCUCUUCAAGAUUCUCUCCAGUGUUCGGAAUCAUCAGAUAAACUCAGAUUUGGCUCAACUACUAUUACGACUGGAUUAUAACAAAUACUACACCCAGGCUGGAGGAACUCUGGGCAGUUUCGGGAUGUGAAAAUGUAUGGUUCAGAAACCAAGUAACACUCUGACCAUCUCCCCAAGUCUGUUACAGAAGAUUCAGAAUACCCUAUUUCUAGCCACUUGGCAAAUGUCUGCAGAUGUUUUCUCCUUAGAAGCAUUUACUGAGCACCCAUGGGUACAAACCUUUCCCAUCAUUCGCAUGUGGAAAGGGAGUUAACUUGCCCACCAAGAAUGUUGGCUGGCAUCCGUUCUCCCCGCUGACCAUGCAAGAGCCGUUACAUUGAGAACAUUUGUCGGGUAUGUUCAUUCAUUCGUCAGUCUUUUAUGUGCUUGGGUACUGUUCAAGCUGCAGGAGACAAGGCAGUAAACAAUUCAAAUCAGAAAAAUAUUUUGUGGCUCAUGUGAAAAUUAUAAAUAGGUCAAGUGCUAGAUGUUAGUUCAGUGCAAAAAAAGGCACCAGGUAAGAUAGGCUUUUUUUACUUGCCCCACAGACGAUGCCUUCAGAAAGCUGAAAUGAAGAAUAUGCCACAUCUUUAAAACUGAAUCAAGAUUUUUUUAACAAUAAUUUGCAGUUAUUUCAGACUAGUGAAAGGACAGUUCCUGCUAGGGACAAUUUAGUGUAUUUUCUGGCUGUUACUGGCCACAGAGUCUGGUAGAAGAUGUGGAGAUGAAAACCAAAUGCUACGUGCCCUUACUCCUGCAGCUGUCAGCGAAAGAUGUUCCCUUCUCCCUCUGGAGCAGAGGUUAGUAAGCUAUGGGCUGCACCUGUUGAUUGUUUCGCUGAAACACAGUUGUGCUGAUCCACCUUCUUUUUGUUCAUGGCUGCUUUCAUGCUUAGCAGAGCAAAAAUGAGUUAAAUGAUCUACCAAAGGGCCCACAGUGCCUAAGAUAUUUGCCCCGGAUUUAGAGAAUGAGGAACAUCAACAGAGGUGCUGCUAGGGGUACAGGAAAGGAGAAUAGCUUCUAACAACUGUGACAAUAACAGUAAUAAAAUAUAGAACCACUGGC